AUGGAUGUACCGCGAGCUAAUGUCGCGCUCGACGUGAUUAUAGUUGGGGCCGGCAUUGGUGGUAUGGCCGCAGCCCUGACGUUAGGACUAAGAGGCCAUCGUGUCGUUAUCCUUGAGGCAGCCCCAAAAUUGAUGGAGGUUGGAGCUGGAAUCCAAGUCUCCCCAAACAUGCUUAGAAUGUUUGAACGAUGGGGUGUUUCCGACUUGAUUCAUGCCCAAGAUGUUGCACUGGAGCACAUCCACGUCCGACGAUGGGAAGAUGGCAGCCUCCUCGCGACCAUGCCAGUCAACAAGACUUUUGGCCAGCAGACAGUUAUCCACCGUGCAGAUCUGCAUAACGCACUCAUUGAAAAGGCCUUGGCAUUGCCCAACGUCGAGCUGCGGGUCAACUCGCUAGUCACGGGCGUCGAGUUCAGUCCAGCAUCCGUCACGCUUGCCAAUGGAAGCAUUGUUCGCGGUGAUAUCGUUAUCGGUGCGGACGGCAUCAAGUCCAUCAUUCGGGGACAGCUGUUGGGAGACCCAUCCCUAAAGGCCAUCGCCACCGGUGACGCUGCAUACCGAAUCAUGUUACCGCGCAGUGUGAUGGAAAAUGACCCCGAGUUGAAGGCGCUGAUUGACGAGCCGCAGGCGACUCGUUGGCUCGGUCCUGGACGCCAUAUCAUCGCAUACCCCGUCCGCGAUCACCAGAUGUAUAACGUUGUCCUGCUGCACCCUGACCGACAAGAGGUCGAGGAGUCGUGGACGACUAAGGGUUCAAAGCAAGCAAUGGUUGAUAAUUAUGCCGGUUGGGAACCCAGGAUCAGAAAACUGAUCGACCUGGUUGACGACGACGAAGUGCUAGAGUGGAAGUUGUGUCUGCAUCGCCCGUUGAAGACCUGGAUUCGGGGCUCGGUGGCUUUGAUCGGUGAUGCGUGUCACCCGAUGCUGCCGUAUGUGGGACAAGGUGCGGCACAAGCAGUCGAAGAUGCGGCAGCUCUGGGCGUGCUCUUGUCGACUAUCCCAUCUCGACACGACAUUCCACGCGCUUUGCAAGUAUACGAGCAGUCGCGAAAACUGCGUGCGGAGACGGUACAGCAAUCGGGCUCUGAUAAUCGUAUUACUUUGCACUUGCCGGAUGGACCUGAUCAGAUUGCCCGUGAUGAGCAGUUCCGGGCCUCGAUAACGGGAUCCAACCCGGACAAAUGGUCUGAUCGCGAGACGCAGCGGAUUCUGUGGGGAUGGGAUGCCGAGAAGGUUGCUCUGGAAGCUUGGAUUGAAGCGAGCACCGAGGGCAAGUUCAACGCCAGCUUGUAG